UAAACACAAGAAGAAGAAGAAUUUGUCUAUAUUCAUCAUGAGAGAGCAGGUGGAUGUGAUCUGCUGUAAAUCAGUAGGAACUGAUCUGUCCAUGCUGGAUAUUGAUGAUUUCAUCACAGAAAUCUUUCAGCUGAAGAAAGAGGUGACGUCACUGAAGACAAAACUGAAGGAGAAAGACGACAGGUUACAGGAGCUGGAAAAGGUUUCCUGUCAAUCUUCAGUGUGUGUGACUGAUGGGAUCUCCACAGAAUGUCAGGAUUCAGUGUGGAGCGGCAGAGAUCAGUCCACAUCACAGCGACUGCUGGACAAACUCUCUGAACAGAGAUCCAGAGACACACAGCACUCACAGCUCACUUUACUCUGUUCUACUGAUGGUAAUCAGGGUGUUAAAACCUCCACAGAGUCUCUGGCUUCUGUUAGUAUUGCUGGAGAACAGCAGAUGCUGCAGACACCAGUGAAGAUUGAAGUGAAGCUGGAGGAGAUAAAAGAAGAAAACACAGCAGAGGAACAACAGAGAGAUGAAGAUUAUUAUAUUUCUUCAGAACUGAUGGAAGUGAAAGAGAAACGUCAAGAACUGAAUGAAGUGGAGGACAAACUUCAGUGUCAGAAACAUCAUGAUUUUAUAACUGGAGAAAAAUCUUUGAGUUGCUCAAAGACUAAGAAGAAUUUAUCACCAGAAAAGCAUAAAAGAAGAGCAGACAAUAAUACUGUCACCUGCUCACAAUGUGGAAAGAUUUUCACAAAUAAAUGCCAGCUUAAUAAACACAUGAAAGUUCAUAUUGGAGAGAAACCUUACAUGUGCCAUCAGUGUGGAAAGAGUUUCACUAUUAAAGGGCACCUUAAUUCACACUCAAGAAUUCAUACUGGAGAAAAACCUUAUAAGUGCUCACACUGUGGAACCAGUUUCAAUGUGUCACAAAACCUGAAAAGACAUGAGAGAAUUCAUACUGGAGAAAAACCUUACAAGUGCUUACACUGUGGAAAGAGUUUCACUCACUCACAUAACCUGAAAACACACGAGAGAAUUCAUACUGGAGAAAAACCUUACAAGUGCUCAUACUGUGAAAAGAGUUUCCCUCGGUCACAACACCUGAAAACACACGAGAGAAUUCAUACUGGAGAGAAACCUUACAAGUGCUCACACUGUGGAAAGAGUUUCAUUCACUCACAUAAUCUGAAAACACACGAGAGAAUCCAUACUGGAGAAAAAACCUUACAAGUGCAAACUUAAACUUUCAAUAUGCAGUGUAGUAUGAAAUUUCUUCGAUGAGUUUGCCAUUAUUGAUUGAGUACAUAUAAAAUCAGUGUUCAAAACAAUAUCUUUGCUUUACCCAGAUUCACUACAGUAGGCCUACAGAAAGAAUAAGUAUUUUUAGCUGUUGGGUCGGAUUUGGUGCGAAAUCGCAGGCAUAUGUCAGUCAUCCUUGUGUCUUUACGUCAUGUCCGUAAACCCAGAAAAGAAGUACAGGUUGUCAUGUGUUCUGGCGGGGGAAGUGAUGCUGUUCUGUCACAGUUCAGGACAGCAUCGCAGCAGUCUGGUUGGACGUUUGUCUGUUAACUGUUUGGCAAAGUUUUGCUAAAAUACUUGGAAAUAUUUUGUGGUGGGGUUUUUGAAGUUUAUAUUGCUUUUCAUGCUUUUAUGAAUUGAACAUUACUCAUGUGUUUACUGCUUCUGAUGUAUCUAUGUUUUUCUGGGAAAAUUCCUGUAACAUGUUUACUGACAUUCAUGACUUCUGAUAAUUUAAUAAUAUUGCUGUUGUUUUGAGGUUCCCUAAGUGUGUUAAAUAGCCACUAAACGUAAAGUGUCUACAAGGUAGUUCCGCAUGAAAUGUAUAAACAUCUCAAGUUGUACCAAUUUUACAGCACAGCAAUGUAUGUAUUCUUUUGUUUAUUGUGUUUCCCUAAAACUAUUAUAUGGCACAUUUCUGCAUAUUAUUUUAAUGUUUAUUAAAGAAUGUUUCCUCCCCAUCAUUAUUGAAUCCUCAUUUUAUGUUAGUUUUCAGUUUUAUUGUGUGCAGUGCGUAGAUGUAUUAUUGUAGUAUUACGGUUUA